CCCAAAGCCGACUCGGCCUACGAUUAUCUCCAACACCGAGAGCAUCAUCGUUCUCCAACUCCAACCGGCGCUCACUAUAUUACUACGCCUGUAACGACCUCAGCAUUGUUUACUUCUUAUCUCCUUUAAUACCCCAUGCAGAUUUGCCAAUAGCUCAACUGGCUCUCUGCUUUUGAAGGGUCUUUGCACUGAGCGACGUUAUCUGAGAUCUCAGCCGAGGCACAUCAGCCAAAAUGGCGACGGCUAACGCAGUAUACAAAGCGCUCAAUGAGAUAGUGCUCAAUCCUAAAUAUGCCGACUUAUUCGCCCUCGUGAAAGCCGCGCGCAAUGGUGCUGUUUACGGUGCCAAAAUCCGCUUUCCCCAUGCCUUGGUCAUGAUCUUUCUCUUCCGCUCCGGAACAUUCAGAGAAAAGGCCCGGCUAGUCUACAAAGCCACGCGCACACACGCCCAAAACCUCGCCCGCUUUGCGGUAAUCUACAAAACGGUCAUGAUCGCGCUCCGGCGCCUCGGCCCGACCGGCAAGGAAGGCCCCUACGACACUUUCUUCGCUGGGCUGUUGGGCGGUUACGUCGUGUUCGGGCAGCGCAACCCGCGCACCGGCAAGGUGUCGAGUGUGAGCCAGCAGAUCGUGAUAUACAUCUUCGCGCGUGUGGUACUGGGGCUGGCGAAGCUGAGCGUGGAGCCGGGCACGGGGAUUGUGACGAAUGUGCAGCUGUCGAAUAAGAUUAAGGAUAAUGCGUGGCCGGUGUUUGCGGCGAUGAGCUGGGGGGCGGUGAUGUAUGUGUUUAGGUGGCACCCGGAGAGCUUGCAGUCGAGUUUGAGGAGCAGUAUGAGCUAUAUUUAUGUGCAGAGCGAUCAUUGGGAUAGCUUGAAGACGCUGGUGUGGCAUAAUAAAUAGGUAUCUGGAGAGUGGCAGUUGGGGCUUGAGGAUAUUGAGGGUGGCAGGAUGGAUUCAUGGCGGGUUCAUGAAUGAUGUUACGAGUAGGUUGCCGUCUGAGGAUCGAGGGACCGUGUUAUAGAGACGUAUCUCUCGCAAUGUUGGUUGAUACAGCCAUGGCGCAUAUGAUCAUAUUAAGAAUUGUAGAUAGGCGCGCAUAUCAAUAAAUAGAUUCUGUUCAAG